AUGCCUCGCCUUUCUAGAUUCUUGUCGCGUGUGAAGAACAAAUCAGGCACGAUACCAGAUCCCACCAUCAGUAACUCGAAUAGCAGCACUACAAAUGAGUCCGUUCACGAUGAUCGAAAGUCUCCGCCUGGCAAUAGCAGCGCGCCAUCCGAAUCUACUGUUCAACCAGAACCACUAACACAUCCGCCGCGGGUACUGCUACCAUACAACGGUGUGGACAACGCUGCGCUAGAAAGCGACAACAAACCCGUAGAGCACACGAUCACACGCAGUGAACCUACACCGAGCGACGACAGUGUCCUGCCGUCUGGCUGGGAACGUAGACGCAACCAAGAUGGCAAGGUCUAUUAUGUGGACCACAACACGAAAGCAACAACAUGGGUUCAUCCCUCCAUAAGUGGAGCUCCACCUCUACCUCCAGGAUGGGAGAUCAGGGCCAACGACGUCGGCAAGCUCUACUAUGUCAAUCACAACACCAAAACGACAACGUGGGACCGUCCUCUGCUGUCAGCGACAUCCACGAUGGUGGCCCAAGAGAGUAUCACUCAACCUGAGGCACAACUCAGUGAGCUGGAUGCAAGUAUGGGUGGUCUUGCAUUGCAGCCGUCAGCGGUGAGGGCAAACUCGUUAUACCGUCGACCUCUUGUGGGAAAGUCGAUCCGCUUGCUCAAAAUCAAAUCUGGCCAGGCAGAUGACAUGCUUUCCUGCACACUCCAAGAGACGCCUUUUCCUCCAGCUGAAACAUAUCAUGCAAUGUCAUACUACUGGGGUGAUCCUGGUAACGAGGUGCCUAUACUUGUCAACGAGCAAGUUGUUCACAUUAGGAGAAAUCUAUAUGGAAUCAUGUGCCAGUUGAGACAAGAAGGAAAACAGCAUGCUUACUGGACCGAUGCUAUCUGUAUCAAUCAGUCGGACAAUACUGAAAAGACCAGUCAAGUCCAGAUGAUGAGGGAAAUCUAUGCACGUGCUGUGCAUGUUCUGAUUUGGCUUGGACCGGAGGAAGCGACGGAUCGCCAAGGUAUAGACUUGAUGCAGCGGGUUUACGACACACUGGGGAUGCGCAAACUACCCAUUCAUCGCCAGAGUCAGACAGAGCAACUCAUCAACCUAGCUCUUCCUCGCUACCUCGAUCCUAUAUGGGAGCACGUGGCCCUCAUCUUCAAAGCGCGAUGGUUUAGGCGAAUUUGGAUAUUGCAAGAGUUUAUUGUUUCGAAGUCGCACGAAUUCCGUCGUGGUAGCUUGAUCAUCAGCUCCGAAUUGAUGUGGGCGUUCAUACUGAACUUACUGGUAUAUGAACAGUUGGGAAUGAUGGCUUUGCAUCAAGCUAUGAACUCUGCUUGGUGGCCUUGGAUGUAUCGGCUUGAAUAUGAUCCCUCAGCUGGAUCGUCUGGGUGGUCGAUGAGUUUAAUGCAGUUGAUGACAAUGAGUAGUUCUAUAUACGAAGCCACUGAUGGACGCGACAAGAUCUUUGCUCUUGUAGGACUGGCGAAAGAUGGAGACGCAAGCAUUAUCGAUUACAAUAAGGACCAUAAGACCAUCUUGCUGGAUGUGGCACUUCGCAAAUUUGGCGUCAGGUAUCAAGGCCGCGGACAAUUGAGUGGCAUCAUGCUUUUUUGGCAUAUUGCUCGUGUUGAUCGCUUGUAUGGAUUGCCCUCCUGGGUUUGUGACUAUCAGUCGGUGCCGAAGUUCAAUGCUUUUCCGCUUCAAUUCGGACAGUCACGGUUCGUAGGAGGCGUGGAAGAUACCCCAAACAUAAACGUCGAGACUCCAGUGCUGCGUAUUGUUGCCAGGAUCUUCGACGAAGUCAAUACCAUAAUACCUGGCCAGCCCUGGAACGAUCUGCCUGUAAUUCCGGGGGACGUGUCCAAAAUAGGAGGCUAUCUCAUGUUCACAAGGGAGCCCUUCCGUUCCUACUUAAUCGGUAUGAGAGAUUGGAUACGCCAACGCUACGACCUGGCUCGAGAUCUCGGCCUCUACCCAGAGGAGCCUGACGGCUCAAUGACAAAAAUGGAAGAGAUGAUGACCUUUGGCAAAGCAACCAGAAGUGCUGUAGCACUCUUAUGGCGAGCACUAACCUGUGACAAGGACAAAGCCGAUGGAUUGCGAUUGCCUAAGAGGCUGAGCAUUGCCUUUGCAGCUUUCACGAUGUGGCAUGAGAUAGUAUCGAGCCUAUAUCUGGACCCCGACUAUGUGGAUGGAAGUCUACCCAUGUUGAUGGCGACUCGACCUCUCGAAUUCCAGGCUCCUGAUCGAUGGGGUCCAGUUCGAACAUCUAUGCCGCUGCCUCUUCCAGACGUGCCCAAUAUUGCGGCAUUAGCUCAUCCCAACCAGACAACUCAUCCACGUGAGGGAACCCUCGAUCCCAGACUUCGAAUAGACAAUCUUGUCCCUGGUGGUGACUCUGAGUCACUUGCGAACCGCUUAGCAAGAUUGAACACACUUAUGACGCCUUUCGACAGCCUCUUUGGUCAGUGGUGUUAUGGUAGGAAGUUCUUCUCCACAAAGCGAGGAUAUAUGGGAUGGGUUCCAGAGGGUGCUCAAGCAGGCGAUCGACUAUGCGUUUUUCAUGGUUCGAGAAUGCUUUUCGUGAUUCGCUCCGUGCCUGAUAGGAAGGACUCAUUCAGGAUAAUUGGGGCUACUUAUGUGCACGGUCUCAUGUAUGGCGGUGCUAUGGCUAUGGGUAAAGGCGAGGACAAGACGUUAUUCAUUAUAUAG